UUGCUAUUGCUGUACAUAGUGUUUGCUGUAGAAGAAAUGCAUGACAAAAGCCCACAACGGCGUACUUCGAACACAUCGAGGAGCUCGUCGUUUUUCAUCGAGAAUUUACUUGGCUCUUGUCGGACAGAACCGUCUGUCAGUCCCAUCAAUGAUAGCGAUGGCAAGGGGAGUAAAAGAGAAGUGGUUCUCAAAGGCAGCACUAAAGCGCAUAGAAAUGAAAUGUGCAGUCAAGCAGCUACAGGCUUCAAGACAGAGAUGUCUCGGGACACACAGUCACCUCUGGAGUGGCAUGGACGGGGAACCUCACACUUAAAAGUUCUGGAGCCACCAGAGAGUCCAAAAGAGGAAACCCGCAGUUCGGAUGGGCAUUGCCACUCUGUCGCCAGCGACAGGGACACCCCCGUGGCCUCCGAGCUUCUUGAUGGAGCAGUGGACCGAAAAACUAGCGAGUCAGUGGUCGACGAGGGCGAGGACGCACGACAACUCUUCGAUGAGCGUUCAGGUCCAGACACUUCCGAGCCAGGCUCUGCUCGGAAGAAAAAGACCCGGACUGUGUUCAGUAGAAGCCAAGUCUUCCAGCUGGAAUCAACGUUCGACCUGAAGAGAUACCUAAGCAGCUCUGAGCGCGCCGGCCUCGCGGCCUCCCUGCACCUGACCGAGACGCAGGUGAAAAUCUGGUUCCAGAACCGCCGAAAUAAAUGGAAAAGACAAUUGGCCGCCGAUUUAGAGGCUGCGAACUUCAACCACAGCCCCCAACGGAUAGUACGGGUGCCCAUCUUAUACCACGAUAAAACGACACCCAUGUCCUCAUUCAGUUUUAACCUGUCCCAAGUCUCGCCACCAAUCAUGGGAUUCUCGAAUUCAGUGAACUAUCCAUUGACAUCAUUUGCGCAUUCAAUGAAUUUACUCUCGUCGCAAAUGACAGGACUUGUCUGACUUUUGGUGAUGGACACAUGUGGUGCCCAAUGAAAAUUAUCAUUGAUUAUUUUGAAAGGUACAAUAACUGGAAAUACAGUCUUGAUGUAUGCUGCAUCCAAAGAUAACACCUAUCAUCCUGUACAUCACAAGAGAAAGACAUAAGGUGUUUAUUGUCACAGUUGUCUGUCUAUAAUAUUUACUCUGCGCAUGGGGGUCCUCGCCUAAAGGCA